AUGACCGACCCAAGCAGCGCCCAAAUCAAAGACGACAUCAAAAAGGCAUACGACAAUGUCGCAAACACCUACCUAGACUGGACACAGCCAACACACACAACCCGCCUCACCUACCUACAGACCAUGCUCAAGUCCAUGGACCCCACCAAAAGCAUCCUAGAACUAGGCUGCGGCGCCGGCGUCCCCUGUACCCAGCUCCUCGCCGCCCACGGCUACAAGGUGACCGCCAACGACAUUUCCUCGUCGCAGAUUACCCUUGCGCGAGAAAGACUUCCACACUCAGUGACUCUGAUAGAGGGGGAUAUGAUGGGAUUGGAAUUUGGGCAGCAGUUUGAUGCUGUCUUGGCUAUGUAUUCUAUUUUUCAUUUGCCGCGGGAUGAGCAGAGUGUUAUGUUGCGUCGGAUUUUCGGGUGGUUGAAGCCUGGGGGCCGGUUGUUGGCUAAUUUUCCGGAGAUGGGGUUUGUGAGUGCUUCUGAUUCGGCUUGGUUGGGUGGGACGGUGGGGAAGAUGCAUUGGAGUGGAUGGGGGAGGAGUGAGACUAGACGGCUUUUGGGGGAGAUUGGGUUUGUGGUGGAUGUUGAUGAGGUGGUUGUUGAUGCUGAGGAGGAGAAUGGAAGUGUGAAGGAUAUUGCAUUUCAGUGGAUUUUGGCGACGAAGGUAUGGAUAUUGACCCGCUCAUACUUGUCCAGUAGACCGCUACAACCGUCCCCGCAAAUCUUCUGGCGCGAGUUCCACUCUCUACUGGAAGAAUACAAACCAGACACUGCACCAAUUGUCGAAGAUGUGAAAGCGCCAACCCAGGGCUUCAACGCCCACGAUGCACCAACGCGUCCUGAUGUCCUCAACAUUCCACAGGAAGACCUGAUAAAGAUGAAACAGGCACACACCGGGUUCUUGGCUGCCCUCGCAAACCCACCGAGACCAUACUACAAGCCCCAUACACGGGGCAUUGUCUCCACAGCAGGCGGCCCCUACCUACCCGUACUAGUGAUCUCACUCCGCAUGCUCCGCCAAACAGGCUCAAAGCUGCCGAUGGAAGUCUUCCUAGCGACCGAAGAAGAAUACGAACCCUACAUAUGUGACCAGGUUCUCCCAUCACUGAAUGCACGCUGCCUCAUUCUGUCGCAAAUGCUACAAUCAUCCCCGACCAAAAUUGAAAAGUAUCAAUUCAAGCCAUUUGCCAUGCUCUUCUCUUCAUUUCAAGAGAUCCUGUUCCUAGACGCCGACGCCUUCCCCCUCGAGAAACCAGACCUCCUCUUCAACAACGAGCCCUUCCUCUCAACCGGCCUCCUCACAUGGCCUGAUUUCUGGGCCUCUUCCACCUCCCCUCUCUUCUACCAAAUCGCCGGCUACAAUGCUCCCCCCAUGAACCUCCGCCAGUCCACAGAGUCCGGCGUUCUCCUCCUCUCCAAAAAAUCACACCUCCGCACCCUCCUUCUCUGCACGUACUAUAAUUUCCACGGCCCAACACACUACUACCCCCUCCUCUCCCAAGGCGCCGCAGGCGAAGGCGACAAAGAAACAUUCCUAGCCGCAGCAAUGGCCACCAACGAACCAUUCUACCAAGUCAGCGAAUCAAUCUGCGCCCUAGGCCACCGCACCAAAGGCGGCCUCGCCGGCUCUGCAAUGGCGCAAUUCAAUCCAAUGCAAGACUACGCACUUAUCAAGCAGGGAUUAUCGCGCGUGAAAGGCGACAAGGCACUUGCACCCGGUGUAUUCUUCAUCCAUGCCAAUUUCCCCAAGUUUAAUCCUGCGACGAUUUUCGAGAACCAUGAGGUUAAUCCUGCGUUCACGGAUGAGGGGGAGUAUACGCGGGCUUGGACAAUUCCGGAAGAUGUGGUGGCCGGGUUUAAUAGGAAGGUGGAUGUGGAGAGGGUGUUUUGGUAUGAGAUUAUGUGGACUGCUUGUCACUUGGAGCCUAGGUUUGAGAGUUGGAAUAAGUAUGAGGGUAUCUGUGAGGGUGUGCGCAAGUACUGGCAUGCUGUCUUUGAAUCUUGA